GCCAGGCCAGCGAGCCGAUGGUCGUCCAUUUUUGGUCUGGGAGAAAACGUAUAUUAGUAAAAGCACACGCGCCUGUAGUCCCCCGUACAUAAUUAAACCUGAUCGCGUCUUCUGCAGACCCCUCGUACUCUCUCUUUCCAACGGCAAGAUGCCCUUGCUUCAUGGGCUGCUGCCCACCAGCGAUGUGGUUCACUACGGCAGUAACGACAACAGCAGCAGCGACAACUUCCACGAUCAACCUCAGGAGGUUCGAGACGAGAGUCCCGUGACUGGGUCACAUGUCCAAAACGGGCAGGCGGCUGCUCAACGCGAGAAAAUCGUGAUUGUCGGUUUGGGCAUGGUUGCCAUCUCCUUCAUCGAGAAAGUGAUCAAGUUGGACUCUGAGAAACGCUUCGAGAUUGUCGUGAUUGGAGAGGAACCGCACGUUGCGUACAACCGCGUCGGGCUCUCUACGUUCUUCGAGCAUCGCAAGAUAGAAGACCUGUAUCUGAAUCCCAAAGAAUGGUACGGUUCCAACGCCGACAGAGGCCUCAGCUAUCACCUCAAUACCCAAGUGACGGAGGUUAUCCCCGAUAAAAAGGUUGUGAAGACGUCUACCGGAGAUACGAUUGAAUACGAUAUCUUAGUUCUUGCGACGGGAUCUGAUGCGGUGCUUCCCACACAUACGCCUGGCUAUGGUGCCAAGGGCGUGUUUGUGUAUCGAACCAUUUCCGACCUCGAGCGUCUCAUCAACUUCGCUUCAAAGCACAAAGGCCAGACAGCGGUAACAGUUGGUGGGGGUCUGCUGGGGUUGGAGGCGGCCAAGGCAAUGACCGAUCUGGAAGAUUUUGGUCGCGUCUCGUUGGUCGACCGAAACAAGUGGGUGUUAGCCAGACAAUUGGAUGCUGACGCAGGGAGUCUGGUGACUCGCAAAAUCCGCGAGCUUGGACUUGAUGUGCUACACGAGAAGCGGAUAAAGAGUGUCGAUACGGAUGAGGACAAUAACGUCGUUGGUAUCACGUUUGAGGAUUCCGAAAAGCUGGAAUGUUGCUGUAUCUGCUUUGCGAUUGGUGUGAGGCCUCGAGACGAACUUGGUGUACAGGCUGGUAUCAAAUGCGCGAAUCGGGGUGGUUUCAUCAUCAACGAAAGUUUGCAAACUUCGAUUCCUAAUAUCUACGCGAUCGGUGAAUGUGCCAGUUGGGACAACCAGACCUUUGGUAUCAUCGCUCCUGGUAUCGAAAUGGCCGAUGUUUUGUCAUUCAAUCUCACGAACUUGGAUAAGGAGCCCAAACGUUUCACACGGCCAGACUUGAGUACAAAGUUGAAACUUCUCGGAGUUGAUGUGGCCAGCUUUGGUGAUUUCUUCGCCGACAGAGAUGGACCAAAGUUCCUUCCAGGGAGAAGGCCUUCAAUCCCACCAGCUGCUCUGAAAGAAAAGGAGACAGAGCCUCCAGUCAAGGCACUGACGUACAAAGAUCCAUUCGGUGGGGUAUACAAGAAAUAUCUUUUCACCAUGGAUGGAAAUUAUCUCCUGGGUGGAAUGAUGAUUGGAGACACCAAGGACUACAUCAAGUUAAAUCAAAUGGUCAAAACCCAAACGAAGCUGUAUGUCCCACCUAGCCAGUUUAUUCUCGGUUCUCAGAAGGAGGGUGAGGAGAAUGCCGAUGAUCUUGAUGAUAGCGCCCAAAUUUGCUCCUGUCACAACGUCACCAAGAGUGACAUUGUCGAAAAUGUCAAAAAUGGCACAUGCAAGACAAUCGCGGAAGUCAAAUCAUGCACAAAAGCCGGAACAGGCUGCGGUGGCUGUAUGCCUCUGGUCCAGUCGAUCUUCAACAAGGCCAUGUUAGAUAUGGGCCAGGAGGUUUCCAACCAUUUGUGUCAGCACAUCCCCUUUUCCCGUGUCGAUCUCUACAAUAUAAUUGCGGUCAAGCAGUUAAAGACCUUCAUCGAUGUUAUGAAAGCUGCUGGGAAAAAACCAGACUCGCUAGGAUGUGAAUUAUGCAAGCCUGCGAUUGGAUCUAUUCUUGCUAGCUUGUGGAAUCAGCACGUCGUUGAAAAGGACGUCCACGAUCUACAGGAUACAAAUGACAGGUUUCUCGCCAAUAUCCAACGAAAUGGCACCUUCUCGGUCGUUCCCCGAGUUCCAGGUGGAGAGAUCACCGCUGAUAAAUUGAUCACCAUCGGCCAGGUGGCUAAGAAGUAUGGUCUAUACUGCAAAAUCACCGGUGGCCAGCGAAUCGACAUGUUCGGAGCCAAGAAGCAGGAUCUUCUUGACAUCUGGACCGAACUUGUGGAUGGUGGAAUGGAAAGCGGUCAUGCUUACGCCAAGUCACUACGAACGAUCAAGAGUUGUGUUGGAACUACUUGGUGUCGCUUCGGGAUUGGUGACAGUGUCGGCAUGGCUAUUCGUCUGGAAGAACGGUACAAGAGCAUUCGAUCUCCACACAAGCUCAAAGGUGCAGUUUCUGGCUGCGUGAGAGAGUGCGCCGAAGCGCAGAACAAGGACUUCGGUCUUAUUGCCACUGAGAAUGGGUUCAACAUUUUCGUGGGUGGUAACGGAGGAGCGAAGCCACGCCACUCUGAACUACUUGCAAAGGAUGUACCGCCGGAGAUGGUGAUUCCAAUCAUUGACAGGUACCUGAUCUUCUACAUCCGUACAGCAGACAAACUCCAACGGACUGCACGCUGGAUUGAAAAUCUUCCGGGAGGUAUCGGCUACCUCCGGGAGGUAAUCAUCGACGACAAGCUUGGGAUCUGCGCCGAACUUGAGCAGCAAAUGCAAGACCUUGUGUCCAGCUAUUUCUGCGAAUGGACGGAAACCGUCAGAAACCCAAAACGACGUAAGUUUUUCCAGCAGUUCGUCAACACUGAAGAAACUGUAGAAAAUGUGGAGGUGAUUCAGGAGCGUGACCAGCAGCGUCCUACGUACUGGCCGAAGGACUCGGAAGCCACGGAAGACUUCAAGGGCCACCAGUGGUCCAGCUUGGCGUGGCAACCGGUGGUUCAGGCCGACCACUUCUCUGACGAGCAACCACAGAUGUCGUCGGCCAACAUCAAACGGGGCGACACACAGCUGGCCAUCUUCAAGGUCAAGGGCAAAUACUACGCGACUCAACAAAUGUGCCCCCAUAAACGCGCCUUUGUCCUUUCCGACGGAAUGAUCGGGGACGACGAUGCCGGGAAGUACUGGGUAUCAUGUCCUUACCAUAAGCGCAACUUUGAGCUCAACGGCGAGCAAGCUGGUCGCUGCACCAACGAUGAGAGCAUGAACAUCGCAACAUUCCCCGUCGAGGAACGCAGCGAUGGCUGGGUGUACAUGAAGCUUCCUCCGGUGGAGGAACUAGACGCCGUGCUGGGAACUGAGAAAUGGAAGGUCAAAAAGGGAGAAGCCCCGGAUCCUUUUGAGAAGGUCGACAAGAAGUACAAGAACAUGCGAGGCAAGAGGGGCAAGAGAGUCCAAGGAGCCACCGGGCACCCCCAGAUACAAUGCUCGUCAACCAGCAACGUGAUUGAUUGGUGAUGAUUUACGGUUCACGAUAGAGAAGAGUAGCAGUACCGGUGGUCUUCCGGAUAGUAUUCUGGCAUCGACAGAUGCGAUGGUUUAGCGGGC